GGCCAAAAACGGGUUUUCACUUUUCACUUUUCCCCUUAAACCUCCACCGAACUCGACACACUCCGUCUCUCUCCCCUCUGCCUCCCUCUCCUAGUUUGUCGACGCCAGUAAACCCUCCGCCCAUCACUCUCGCGCUAUCUCUCUCUCUCUCUCUAACUCUCUGUUUCCGGUAUUAGUUCCCUGGGUGACCAACUAAGGCCGCUAGAGACAACGCACCGCCAUGCCACCAAGUGCACCUCGAAGUUCCUAGACAAUACAACCUCGCUCUCGAAUUCGACGGAUCCACCGCAACGAGUUUUGGGUAAGGCCACUCUCCUCAGCGCCGCCGACGAUCGUGACUCUCCUCCGCCGACAACGCACGGAAGCCCCUCCUCCGCCACUCUCCUCUCUGCCAGCCGACGAUCGUGACCCUCCCAGUGCCGCCACUUUCCGCCACUCUCCUCACCGCCGCCGAAGAUCAUGACCCUCCCAGUGCGGAAAACGCACGGAAUCCGCCUUCUCCACCACCCAGUACCGUCGCCCACAACCCCAAAUUACGAUUUGUAGGCAGCAGUAACUCGAAUUCCAGGAAAUGAAGCUGAAGGUUGUGGGCAAGAAACUUUAUGAUUACAUUCGCUAUGAUCUCAAAGAAAUCGCUUUCCCUUCGUCGCUUCCAGAUCCCCCCCAUAUUAAAAAACGGCGUAAACUCACCUGGCAGGAACGAUUCUUGGUGUUGAAGGAAGCUUGUAGGCUUUAUGCUGCGAGCUGGGUACGAGAUAUCGGUCCGGAUCUUCGGCCAAAUGAUUAUAAGAAGUACGAAGAGAGUGAUGAUAAGCCUGAUGGAGCAAAAAGUAAGACAAAAGAAAAAGAACCAUCAACGUUGGAAGAUUUAGCGGUGGCUGCCAGAGGGGGAAUGGAGACAUUAAGGCCUGCUUUGCAGCGUGUGUAUAUGACAAGAGCUUCUGCCUAUAGAGAUGCGCUCAAAAGCUUCAUAGAAGGAUAUCAAGAAGGCAUCCAACAGGUCAUGGAGAAAAAAGAGGAUUCUAAAUCUCAACCAAAAAGCAAUGCACCCAAAAAUCCCCCUUGACCUUUUGUAGGAGGGAAUAAAUCAGUUUUCUUCUAUUCACACAACUGGUAGAGCUUUUUACUUCUCAGAUUGUAGGAAACACCUAGCAUGAUCCACUCCAUUCAGAGGUUUUACCUCAUUGUAAAUCAAAACUUGGGAAAAAAACUAUGAAUAUACUGGAAAAUAUUCUGUAUAGUCGAUUCCUUCGUAAGAAAAUACUUAAUCAAGUGGCAGUGCCGAGACUUAGGCCUCGAUUGUGUAACAAUUUAUAUUCAGAUAUUUUCUUUCCAAA